GAUUCUCUCCGCAGCGGGCAGCCUCUCCCUUAUCGAGUGUGACAGUACCUAUGUCCGAGACAUGUAUGUCUCUCUCUCUCUUCCUCUCGCUAGCAUUUGCGGUUUCUCUCGGUACCAAAAAUAUAUACUGCAAUGUAAAGUUCACGGUUUUGUAAUACUCGUCAGUCCCAAGUGAUUGCUCCGAUCGACUGCUUAACAAACCUUCCUUCGUUGCAUAGUUUUUUAAGUCUUAAUAUACGAGUACUGAUAUAUUGAUUAUAAGUCUGUGAGUGUGUUGUAACUAUUGCAGGUUAGAAUUGAAGAUUGCCUUUGAUUUAAAGAUUUAUUGUAGUAAAAUAAUGCCAGAUCGAUGUAAUGGCUUCGGACGACGAAGGCAAUGUUUUUAGUCGAUCGACGUAACGGUUUGAGCUGUACUUACGGCCAGAGAUAAAGUUUUAGUCGCGCGACUUUGGGAAGUGUAAGUCUCAUUUGUUACAUAGUUUUAGUACUUUUUGAUUAGCGCCUUUUGAGCAACGAAUUCCGAGGGUGAUUCUCAUUGAUAUAGCAGAGAGUUCUGCUAUCGUUUACUAAUUUAAAAGACAAAAAUUCUGAUCCACGGUUAUACUGCUUUGAAACAUUAGUGAACAAUUUGCAGGUUGACUCGCCGAGCUGACGAGUGAAUCCACCAGAGCGUACACUCGCAUAUUGGGAUAGAGAGAGAGAGAGAGAGAGAGAGACUCGCCUAAAGCAAUGACAGAAACGUGCAGUCCCAUGCGGUGGCACUUUUCGCUAAAGCGGAGAUCCUGCUCUGAGUCUCGGACCGCUUACUAAGGAAAAAAUAUGCAACGCAGCUCUGAAAAAUGACUAGAUGCCAAGGGUCGACAUAGACGAAUUCGCACUUGUUCGUAAAGGUAUAAAUGACAUAGCCGCUGAAAAAUGGAAGAAACGAUCGAGCAAAUCUCGGUGCUGUGCAUGAAGGAGGGCGGCAGCAACAACUCGAGCACCAACAGCAUCAGCAAGGACAUGAGUCCGUCGAGUCUGGUGAACAAGAACCUGCUGGACAACAGCAACAACGGAAAGCAUUCCCUCAACUACAUAAAGCUCCCGACGACGCGCAAAGCCAAGCGGAUCCGUUUCUUCCGCAACGGCGACAAGUUCUACAACGGGGUCGUGAUCGCCGUCACCCCCGAGCGCUACCGCAGCUUCGACAGCCUCAUAGCCGACCUGACCCGAGCCCUCGUCUCCAACGUUACGCUGCCCAAUGGGGUUCGCAUCAUCUACACCAUGGACGGCAAGAAGGUGCAGGACAUCAGCGACCUCGAGGACGGCAAGUGCUACGUCGUCUCGGGACAGGGGGAGGUCUUCAAGAAAGUCGACUACUCCUCGUCCAGCGUCAAGCGAGGCAACUCCCUCUCGGGUCUGCCGUCCUCGUCGACCAUCAGCUCGAGGCAGAUCAACAGCAUCCCCCUGUGCGUCAAAGCUAGAAUUAUCACGCUCAUCAGAAACGGUACCAAGCCCCGGAAGAUCGUGAGGCUGCUGCUGAAUAAGCGCAACUCGCCGAGUGUCGAGCACGUUCUCGGAGCCAUCACCGAGGUAAUCAAGCUCGACUCCGGAGCGGUGAGGAAGGUCUACUCGCUGGCCGGCCAGCAGAUCACCUUGCUCGAGCAGUUCUUCGACGAGGACGAGAUAUUCAUCGUCUACGGUCUCGAGAAGCCUAACCACGAGGACUUCGAGCUGGAUUUCGAGGAGUCCAAGUGCGUGCAGGGCUUCCGCAAGGGCCACUGCAGCAUCAAGAAGCACAACGGACCUAUGCCAAAGAUGCCCGCGCGCAACAAACUCGACAAGCGCUCCUCAUAUACGCUGCAGUCCGCCAGGACGCCUAGUCCCUCGGCAUCCAACUUCCCCAUUCCUCUCAAGUUUCACUACAGUAUUGGCCACAUCAUCGGCGACGGCAAUUUCGCCGUCGUCAGGCAGUGUGUGCACAAGGCGUCUGGGACUAGCUACGCUCUAAAGAUUAUUGAUAAGAACAAAUGCCAAGGUAAGGAGUCGAUGCUUGCGAGAGAGGUUGCGAUUCUACGUCAGGUCUGCCAUCCAAAUAUUAUUAGCUUAAUAGAGGAACAAGAAACCAACGAUCAUCUAUUUUUAAUUAUGGAGUUAAUUAAGGGCGGAGAUUUAUUCGACGCGAUAGCCACAGCAACGAAGUUUUCGGAGGCCGACGCGAGCAUAAUGAUAAGUCACCUAUGCUACGCGCUGGCCUACCUUCAUUCUCAUCAAAUCGUCCAUAGAGAUGUUAAGCCGGAGAAUCUUUUAGUUCAGACGAACGGAAACCGGAUACACUGUCUCAAACUCGCUGACUUCGGACUGGCACAAGUCGUCCAAGAGCCUUUGUAUACUAUUUGCGGUACACCGACAUACGUGGCCCCUGAGAUACUCGCGGAAGUCGGCUAUGGUCUCAAGAUUGACGUUUGGGCAGCAGGUGUAAUACUCUACAUUCUUUUGUGUGGGUUCCCACCUUUCGUUUCUACCGACAAUGAACAAGAGAAAUUAUUCGAACGAAUUCUUUGUGGACAGUACGAAUUUACCUCGCCAUAUUGGGAUAACAUUUCGCAAUCCGCUAAGGAACUUAUAUCGAACAUGCUUCAAGCGCAACCGGAACUUCGGUUCAGUGCCGAGGACGUUCUAGAUCAUCCUUGGUUGCUGGAAGCAAAUCAGCAAAUAGAUUAUCAGAGUCCAUCAAAUCAUCGGAAUAGUGUUGGAAUUAGCAAUAGCGAUCAUUAACAGCGUGAGAUAACAUCUUCCAAACAUAUUCCAAUAAAUUGUACAAAUAUUUUGAUUUUUUAAUCUUUAAAAUAUGCUCCAAUAUAUUUACUAGUCUGGCAGAUUUUAAAAACCUAUCGAAGUUGAAAAAAGCAGUCACAAUGAAAUACUAAAAUUUAUUUGUAAAUAUCACAAAAUUAUACGAUUGUAUAAUUCAUGUAAAAUAAAUAUUAUAGAAAAGAUAAAUUUUGCUAAAUAAACUUUACUAAUCAGAG